AUGUUCGACGUUCUCUGGACUGAUCCCAACCGGGAGUUGGUGGGCGAGCGGAUAGUAAGAAAAGAGCAAGAGGCUAAGAUGAAAGAAAAAGAGAGAAAGCAAAAGUCUGAGAAUGGUCGUCAAUCUAUUUCGACUGAGAGCUCAACUUCUAGUGACCGGGGGUUUGGAAUAUUUUCGGCUAGAAGCCGAAGGAAGACCCCAACGUCGCCUAAGUCGAAGGACCUGACCACAUCACCCGCGCCUCCAGUUCGUAAUCUUAACAAGAUCAACCGAACAUCAUCUUACGGUGUCAAGACUCUGCUUCACCAUCAGGAUGAAUCGGAGAUUACCGUAAAACCCGCCGAGAGAGGCUAUCUCCCUACCCAAGUUUCGGAAGCGGCCGAUGUCUCUAGUCUGUCGUCGCCAGAUUCCACAUUGUCGAAAUGGACGGAUCCAUCUGCAGUUACCAAUAGCACUGGCGUCGGGGCCUCCAUGAGCGACGCCACUACCAGUACGAAGUCGGAGUAUUUGAUUCAGACCUUAGGGCCAUCUUCAUUCAUCACAAGAACUACCGAAGUCGUGUACUCGCCCCAUGAUCCAGACACGGACAUCAACCAGUUGAUUUCCGAAGUCCACAUCUCAGCUAGCCAGACAAAGGCCCCAACACCACCAAUACCGGAUUUCUCGGAGAGAACGAACUUCUUAGCAUUUGAUGAUCCUGGAUCUACGAGGCCCUCUUCUAGGUCGCCGCAUACGCCACCUCCUAUCGAAUUCCAGAAUAAUACCGGCAUAUAUACACCGGGAUGGAAUGGUAUCGACAGGCUAGGAAAUGCGGACGCCUGGAAGCCCCCCCACGAGUGGGAUUGCACUCCGAACAGAGAAGCGACAGCCCAAUCCGACGAAGAAGGAUUACAUAAUUCAUUGAUCAGUGACGAUUCCGACAGAUGUAUGUCUCCGAGUCUUGCGGCGCUACAACGUGAAGUUCGAAUGAUGGCAGCAGCAAGUCCAGAGCUUAUGCUUGCCAAUAUCAAAUCUAGCAUGGGCCAUUCUUCAGACGCAACGGUUUACAAAGAACUUGAGAUGACUAAGAAACGUUGGAUGUUUUCUGCCUUACAACACGAGGGAUAUGUUCCGCUCAUGGAGUGCACAGAUAGCUGUCCCGGGAGUCCAGAUUCGUCAAAGCCCCCUGGAUCUGCUAGGAUCCUUGCACUCUACGAAUCUCAAGCAUCUGCUUCGUUUCUUGCUGCUCUACACCCGCAAGCCUCGAUAUCACACUUAUCGCCAAAGCCAAUAUCACCAAAUUUAUUUCCAAACGUCCAACCACUACUUGUGCCAGCAAUAUCUGCAUCGGCAGGUUCUCGGCCGCUUGCUCCGCAGCUAUACUCAACUGUAACAUGUCUACCUAUGCCUGCAUUAUUUCCUUCGAGCGAGAUCCCACCACUUCUCCGUCAUAUCUACCGCUGCCUCGCCCCCGGCGGUGCUCUACACUUAACCCUUAUAGACCCCCAACCAGUCUCAUCUUCAAUGGGUCCAAAACUGCGGCAAUGGUUAUUUGAGAAUCUCUUGAUACAACUUGAAAAGAAGUGUCGUACUACGUUACCAAGUGACACAUUUCCCGCCUGGUUAGCUGUUGCAAAACUUCGUGGAUUCGGAAGCACCAUCACAACUAUCUCCGUACGUGCGGUGCAUGAGUGCGCUACUACGACGGAAGAUAUGAAGGACCAAACAUCAGUAGAAAGUGAGCUCCGAUGUCUCAUCUCAAGAAUGUUGUGGCAAGAGAUAUGGGGGAAAUUUGUCCACGCCGAGCGAUGGUGGUGGGAGGAGGAAGACAUAGUUCAGGAAUGUCUUGAAAGGGGGACCUACUGGCAGUACUCCCACAUCGUGGCAGUCAAAAACAAUAGGCAGUCAUCCUAG